CAAAGCGAAUCUUCAAACUUCAAACUAUUCAAAUGCCAGCGCUGCUUUGUUGAAUUGAAAAUGUCACAUCUCUUGUACAUUAUAAAUUCCCAAUCCAUCAAACAGAUUGCAUAGCAGCAGAUCAACAAGUGGCCGCAAAUACAAACAGUAAUCUUCGAAAGAUGUAUGUAACCAGGCCUCUUUCUAUGUAUAAACAGUUCCCUUCAUCACUUUCGUUACCACCUCCCGAGGGUCCCAACUCCGGCAUACUGGUAAUCCUCGACGAAGAAGCCGAGCCAACUUGUUGUUUCGGAUUGUGCAAAAGCCACGAGCUAGACGACUUGCCUUUCCCUCAAAACAAGAAGAUCGAGCUUCAAUAUACAACCGGAACUUCAGGCGAAAAUCGACACGUUCAUUGUAACGACGUCUUCUUCAUUCCCGUUCUCGGUCAGCCAUUGUCCUCCAAUCGUUACUACGCUUUACAACCUCGAGGAAGCCAUAAAGGUGAAGCAUUCACAAAUUCAUCAGAGGAAGAUGCAGUCACUUGCUGUUUCUGCCGGUGUUUUCCCGAAAUUGAACCACAGUCUGCCGAUGAACAUGAUAUAUAUCAACAAUUUGAGAUCCGCCCAACGAACUGGGGUGGUCGCUUUGUUGCCAAAUCAGUAGCCCAAGAUGGGGUGCCUCCAGGAUUCUUGGGAAGAAAAGGUUGGCGGGCGUUCACCUCAACUCCUCGUUGUUUCACCUUGGGUGAAGCACCAGGGCUCGACACUGCCCUCCGAGCUCGGCUCCCACACUUCGAUUUCCCCUUGUCUUGCAAGAAUUCUGAACCUGUUGUUGUCGGGAAAUGGUACUGCCCUUUCAUUUUCAUCAAAGAUGGAAGACCAAAAGAUCAAAUGACUAGAUCAAUGUAUUACGAAAUGACACUUGAGCAAAGAUGGGAACAACUUUUUGCCUACAACAAUGACUAUAACGAAGACAAUGUAGUAGUUGUUGACACGACGGUUGAAAAAGAAGUGGUUAAAGUUAACGGGACAAUGGAGAUUUCGGUAGACGAUCAGGAAACGGUCGACAGAGUGAUGUGGUUCCGCAAAGGAGGUUUGGGUCUUGGGCUAAGUUUGUCCAUUGUUGAGAGAAUGAAGUGGGAAGAAGAAAGGUUUGGGUGGAGUGGUGGGAAGGAAAGGCAAGAAAGGGUUAAAAGGGUGGAGAAAAUGGAAACAAAUGGUGAGUGGAAUCGAUUUGGGUGGUAUGUGUUGGUGGAGAGGUUUGCAUUGAGAAGAAUGGAUGGGAGUUUAGCAUUGACAUAUGAUUUCAAGCAUACUCAAUCUGUUAGAAACAAAUGGGAAUGAUUAUUUAUGUUAUCCUUUUGCAAUGGGUGAAUUUUUAUAGAAGAUUCUUUUACUAUUCUUUUGUAUUUAGGCAAGAACAUAACCUAGUUCUUUUUGCAACCCAGUCAGCCACCUUGUUACAAGCUCUAGAAGUGAAACAAAAAGAAAAAUCUAGAGAUUCAACAACACUAAAAAUUUCCAUCUCCACAGUUUUGCUCCUCAGAAGUUGCAUCCCGAUUUAAGAGAAAAAAAAAAUCAGAUUUUAAAGAAGACCCAAACCAUUGAUGUUUAGCAAUGAUAGAAGCAUCGAGUCGAACAGCAAGGGCUUCCGCCACACGAGAUGAUGAAGCAUAUACUCUAGCAUUUUCGCUAUCCAAAACUUCCCCUAGGUUGUUUCUUGCGAGCACAGCAAUACCAGCUAUAUUACUGCCUUCAUUCCAUGACGCAUCACAGUUAAUCUUUACCGUAUUACCAUUCGGUCUGAUCCACCUUGAGGCAGGAAUGAUAGUUGGAGGGUUAUUAUUCAAUUUCGUUCCCAUUACCGUUGAAUACCAUACGCCAUUUGCCUUUUAUUUUGUUUUGGCUAAGUCAAAUUUCUGUUGUUUUUUAUAUAAAAAUUCAUUAUAAUCAUUGAAAAA